AUGAGCAGGAGGACGACAAGCGAGGAUGACUUGGCGCUGUUGGUACAGGCCAACCACGAGCGAACAUUCCUCCAAGAUCGAGUCAUGAAGUCUUGGGGGGUGCUCGCGUGCAACUUGCUUAAAGUUCCUGGCUUUUCUUGCCAGGAGCUCGAAGUCGACGGCAAGAAGACAUCGCACAGGUUUCACCUGAUACUCGACAACCACGAAAAGUUCCAGAAGGAAUAUGUGUAUUUGUAUGGUCUCGACCGACCUAUGAGUGCGAGCAGAAGUCUGCAACGACGGGCAGGCCUCGCGAAACGAGAACGCUUGUAA